AUCUCACCCCAGCCCUCGCCCUGACACUCGCACCCGCUCCCUGCCAGGCAGGUCUCCUCACGCACCCGGCUCUUCUCACUGGAGUCGGGAUUCACUAGCCAUCCUAACCGGGCAUCUGCUGUUCCAGUGCGCUGUUCCCAGCCGCCCCGCCCCAGAAACAGACGCAUCUCAGCUCCGGGUGAGCAACCCCUGGGCAGUGUCGCUGUGUGGCUGUUCCCAGCCGCCCCACCCCAGAGACGGCGGCAUCUCAGCUCGGGGUCUGUCCCAGCUGGAUGCCCCAGCCAUGGGCAGAGCCCUGCCCCCACAGCAGGACACCGGGGAAAGGGAGCUCCUGCCUCAGGGCCCCCCCUGGAGAGCAGGGGGUCCUGCCACGCUGAGGGUCCUGAUCCUCACCCUGCUCUGGAGGGGGUCCCUGUCCCAGCGGCCUGGAUUUACCCUGACGGUGCCGCAGUCGGUGUCGGUGCAGGAGGGUCUCUGCGUUCUCGUCCCCUGCAUCUUCACGUACCCAGCCUCGUCUGACACCUACAAUUCCUGGCCUCGGCUCUACAGAUACUGGUACAAGGAUGCAGCCGAUGUGGGCCAUGAUUCGCCCGUGGCCAGCACUGACUUCAGCCGGAGGGUGUCGAAGGAGACCCAGGGCCGGUUCCAGCUGACGGUGGCUCCGGGCCAUGGCGACUGCUCCCUGCAAAUCAGCGAUGCCCAAUGGACGGAUGCGGGGAAAUAUUUCUUUAGAUUUGAGAAAGGAACAUUGAAAUACAAAUACCUCUCCAAUUCCGAUGGCACUGAUGCAAAGCUCGCGAUCUCCGUGCCAGGGCUGAUGGAAGAGCCAGAGAUCCAGAUCUCGCCGGCGCGGGGGCUGCCAGGGACGCUGCUGGCCGGGGAGCCAGUGACUGUGACCUGCACGGCCCCUGGGCGCUGCUCCGGGCCCCCUCCCCGAGUCACCUGGACGGAGCCGUUCAGCGACACAGCCCAGAAUGUCUCAGCCCAGCUGGAGAAUGGCACCUGGGCCCACAGAUCCGCGCUCAGCUUCAUGCCCGGCCUGGGGGACCACGGCAAAGAGCUCAUCUGCAGCGUCACCUACAGGCCACCACGGGGACCUUCGACCAACAGAACCAUCCGGCUUCUUGUUGGCUACCCGCCCGGGCCCCCCAACAUCACUGGGACCCUGACCAGGAACAGACACCCCGUGCCAGAUGCGUGGGGAGCUGAGGGCGACGUUGUGUCUCUGCAGACCCAGGAAGGCGACUCCCUGAGCCUGAGCUGUGAGGCUGGGAGCAGAGCCGAGGCCACCCUGAGCUGGGCCAAGGGGAAAGAGUCCCUGAGCCCUGGCCAGGGAGGGGCCAGGCACCUGGAGCUGCCGAAUCUCAGCCCAGGGGACUCUGGGGAAUAUCGGUGCUGGGCCAAGAAUUCCUACGGGUCGGCCAGCCGGGCCCUGCGUGUGCACGUGCAGAACCCGCCCAGGCCCCCCAACAUCACCGGGACCCUGACCAGGAACGGACGCCCCGGGCCGGCCCCAUUGGGAGCCGAGGGCGACGUUGUGUCUCUGGAGACCCAGGAGGGCGACUCCCUGAGUCUGAGCUGUGAGGCUGGGAGCAGACCCGAGGCCACUCUGAGCUGGCUCAGGAUGAACAGGUCCCUGAGCCCCAGCCAGGGAGGGGCCGGGCGCCUGGAGCUGCCGAAUCUCAGCCCAGGGGACGCUGGGGAGUAUCGGUGCUGGGCCAAGAAUUCCUACGGGUCGGCCAGCCGGGCCCUGCGUGUGCACGUGCAGACUCUAGAGAAGACUCUGCAAAUCACCGUCUCCAGAGCUAACAGGAGCGACCCCCAGCUAUUCCAAGAUCCCAGCACCCUGGUGGCGAACGGGUCACAGCUCACAGCCCGGGAGGGCGACUCCCUGCGGUUCCUCUGCUCCGUCGCCAGCAGCCCCCGCGCUGCAGUGGGCUGGGUGAAGGGGGGCCGAGCUGUUGAGGGUACCCGCCCCAUGGGGGAGAAUCAGCUGCAGCUGGAGCUGCCCAACGUGAUGGCCGAGGACGGGGGGCUGUACAGGUGCUGGGCCCAGAGAGAGGAGAGCUCUGCCCAGGGGACGUUCCAGCUGCAGGUUGAGUACAGCCCCCGUCCGGGGACCAGGCUGAACUCGUCCUGCCAGCGCCAGGGGGCCAGCGUCAGCUGCAGCUGCUCCAUGCACUCCCAGCCCCCACCCCAGCUCCAGUGGCAGGUGGACGGGGUGUCCCUGGCUGGAAAUGGCUCAUGGGAGGCCCUGCAGGUCAGCUCGUGGGCCCAGGGGGACGAGGCUGUUAGCACCCUGAGCUGGAUGGGGAGCGAGGACAGGGCCCCUGAGAUCUUCUGCCUCGGCUCCAACCGCCAUGGGAGCUACGCCGCCCUGCACUUUGAACUCAGCCCCCCGCAGAGAGGUGCGGAGGAGCCUGGCAAGCUGCUGGGCAUGGGGGUGGCCUGUGGGCUGGGGGUCGCCGUCGGCUUCUUCCUUCUCAGGCUCUGCGUGAUCAAGCUGUGGGGCCAGGAUCUGGCACCCCCUAGUGCUGAGGCUGGGGAAAUGGCUAACAGGAGCCAGGAUGAGCACACAGCAGAUGAUACCAGCCUGAUCUACAUGAAUGUCACCACCAUCCCCAUGGAUCACAAGACUCCAGCUGCCCGCCAGACCAAAGGCGUCCAGGACGGGACUGCAGCAGCACAGGCCCCGCUGGGCCUGGGGAAGCCAGACGAGCUGCACUACGCCUCCGUCAAAUUCUCCAAGCUGCAGUGCAAAGGGGGGGAGCCUCCGGAGGACCCUGCCAUGGAAUAUUCUGAGGUCCGGCUGAUAUAGCCCCCUCAUGCCAUGGGCCCAGACUGGGUGUAUCUGGCCCAUCCAGUGCAGGGGCGAUCAUAGUGAGGGGGGAAGGGGUUGGCCCAGGGCUGGACCCGUGACGUGGGAGACCUGGGUGCAAAUCCCUGCUCUGGCCUGGACUCAGGGCAGAGUCAACUAGGCCUUGGAGAUGCUGGAGCGCUGCAUUGAGGGGAGGUAUCCCAGAGUCCCCUGCAGCCGGGUCCCAAAGCCUGCCCCCUCCCAAACCCCCCUGGGGGAAAGAGCCUCUCACCCCCCAGCCCCAGAGAGUCUCUCUUCUACCCUGUCUGAGCCCUCACCCACUCGCUUCACAAAUGGGCAGGAUGGUCACACUCAGGGGCAGUAGCUGGCAGGAGCGGAGGGAGGGGCUUGUCUCUAAGGUGCUGACCUGGUACUCAGGCUUCCUGGAUUCUAGUCCCUGCUCCACUGAAUCUGCUGUAGGUGAGGCUGGGCCAGUUGCGGCAACUGUCUAGCCUCAGUUUCCUCACCUUGAAAAUGGGGAUAAUGGUGCCCUGGGCUAGUCAUGUGAUAAACUCUUAGGGGCAGGGACGGUCUCUCGCUGUGUCUGGGCAGCGCCUGGCACAACGGGGCCCUGGUCUCUGUCGAGGUCCAUCAGUGCCACGUGAUUGUUAUUAAAAAGUGACAAUGUUCUAUUGAAGGUAACGUGUUCACUCCCAAGCCAAAAGCAUCCGACUGUAAAGGUCCCUCUUUACAAGCUGUUACUUGAAAUAGAUUUUCAUGGGUCAUUUUUUGUCACGGCUACUUUUUUAACAAACGGCCACUAACAACUAUGACUGAUUUGCGUCCAGUAAAGAAUCAGUUUUCACUUCUGCCUUUCCUCUGGGAAGGCCCCGAUCGCAGCUGGUUUCUGGGCAGGGCCGGGCAUAACACGGCCCCAAUUCUAGCUGGGACAGGGCCUGUCUCCUCGCUGUGGCUUGGCAGCACCCAGCAUGACA